UGGAGUGCGACUGCAUAUCUAUACUAGAACGUGACUGGACUGGAAAUCUGGACUCUCGUCAGGAUGGAAAGAACGGGUCUGACUUUUAUAUGAUUAUGUGUAUUCAUUCUUUUCAAAGCAAUGAGAUAGACGAAUUUCUAUUGAUUCUAGGACCGUUUAAUUUCUAUUACUUGUCAAGGCGCCUCUACACUGAAGACACGUUGGCCAGCAAUCGCAGGCUGCUCAUUGAGGAUAUCUCGCCUUAUCCUUAUUGUUCCCUCAUUUAGGCUACUUGUCAUGUCGCAAGUCGUCCUCUAAUAGGAAUGAUAUUUUAAAUAAUUAACACCGCAUAGAGAUGGUAUGUAAUGCGGAAAAUAGAGUAGAACGGAUCUUGAAUUUAGUUAAAGAAAAACGCAUGUGAUGCAUCGAUUGUGCUGGUUUCAAAGGGACCACGGUAAUGAGUUCUUUUUGGCCUGUGGUACGCAUUGACUGUAUGGCGCGGCUAUUUUUUUAGCAACCAACUGUAAAAGUAGCCGGUACAAAUAGUGUUAAAUACAGAUUAAUUCGCAUUAGCCAUCUAGUGCAGUAGCUAUCUUACACAUGGUCCGACCUUACUAUGGUAACGAUUAGCACAAAACACGUUAAUUCGUUUAAUUGGCGUAGUCCACAUUUCAAAUUGGAUUAAUGUAACCCUUUGUGUGAUUUUGAAUAGGCCUAUGAAAAUGAAUAUGUUUAUUUUCGAUGCGAUUUGACCGCUGCAAAAACCACUGAUAUAAAUGACUGUCCCGAAUGUAAAAUGGGUCCAUGUCUGUAUUUAGAAAAUAGAGAAUUAGGCUACUGGAGAAGCUAAGCGGCUUAAAGUUUUUCCACGUUUUUUAGGCUAGCAAGUUAGCUGACGGCGUGACAUAGACAGUUAUCUUGUCAACGAAAGUACGACAAGAAAUUGCUUUCUCGAAAUUGACUUUCGCUUUUAGCUUUCGUCGGCGAUGGCCACAAUGGACGCGCAUAAUGAAAAUCACAAUUUUAACGCCAGGGUGGUUGAACCAAUGCCUGGCUACAUUGAACUCAUCACCAGAGGCUAUGCCGUCAUGGUAGGUGCCUUGAAAGACUGUGGCGCUUGUGGUCUCCAGCUCUCCAAAAGCACUCUUCUGGACAAUGCGUCCAUAACAUGGAUCGAGAUUGGCCUGUUCUUCCUGUGCGCGGUGAUGUGGACCGUCUUGCGACGGGGACUGACAGCCUGCUUAUUUAAGCCGCUGGCACGGUGGUACCACCUCGGGCCGAAAGACACGGCCAAGAUGCCCGAGAGCGGGUGGAAGCUGCUCUUCUACACCAUGUCCUGGUCCUACAGCACCUACCUGCUCUUCUUCACACAGUACUCCUUCUUCUACGACCCCCCCUCCGUCUUUUACGACUGGAAGAGUGGGAUGUCAGUGCCCACUGACAUCGCCAUCGCCUACCUGAUCCAGGGAAGCUUCUACGGCCACUCCAUAUACGCCACCAUCUACAUGGAUGCCUGGAGAAAGGACUCCGCAGUCAUGAUAGUGCAUCACAUCAUCACCUUGGCACUGAUCACCUUCUCCUAUGCCUUCAGGUACCACAACAUAGGAGUUCUGGUUCUGUUCCUCCAUGACAUCAAUGACAUUCUGCUGGAGUUCACCAAGCUCAACGUCUACUUCAAGACUCGGGGAGGGGUCUACCACCUGCUGAACGAUGUCCUCUCGAACCUGGGCUCUGUCAGCUUCAGUAUCACCUGGUUUUGGUUCCGGCUCUACUGGUUUCCCCUCAAAGUGCUGUAUGCUUCCUGCGUCUCCAGCCUGGACUCUGUGCCCAACAUCCCCUUCUACUUCUUCUUCAACUUCCUCCUGUUCGCGCUCCUCCUCAUGAACAUCUACUGGUUCCUGUACAUCAUCCUGUUCGUGGCGAAGGUGCUGACGGGCCAGAUGAGCGAGGUGAACGACGUGCGGGAGUACGACGACGACGAGGUGAAGGCGGAGCGGCUGAAGCUGCAGGAGGACGACGCCGACCACCACAACUCUGUGAACGAGGGGAAGCACGUGCAGAAUGGGGUUACCAAGGAAAAGCAUCUAUAAUGACCUCUCUAGCACCACCUUCUGGCCUUUAGCUAUAAGUGCAAGCAACACCCUGACCCGCUUUAGUUCAGACCGUUGUCCAGGCAAAACUUGCUAGCUGGUCUUGCAAAAAAAAAAAAAAGGAAA